AUGUCUCACCGAGGAAAAUAUACUCCUAGAGCCUGUGAAGAGUGUCGACGCCGCCGCGCAAAGUGUGACGGCAAGAAACCCGCUUGCUCCAGAUGUGUCCACUGGCAAAUCUCGUGCCAAUACUCUACUGCUGAAGAUGGCCGAAGACCAGCCUCCAAGGCGUAUGUGCUUUCGCUGAGGCAGAAGAUUGACUCACUGGAGCGCUUAUUAGAGCGGCAUGGGAUUGACCCACGGAAAGACAACGAAUGUGGGCAGGCGAUAGAUGAACUCACCGAGAGUUUCGAGGGUAGACUUGCAUUUGAAGAGUCGCUGAAUUUCGAAAAGGAUGGCGAGCUGCGCUAUUUCGGGCCGACGAGUGGCCGGCUCCAGUUCCAGAGCUCGUCCGCUCUGCAUGCCGAAGAGACCGUUCCUUCAAUUGCAGACUGUGACCGUGCCGACGCGGUCACUGCUAAGAACGGGAUCUCUGAAUACAUACAAGAUCAUUUGAUCGGGUUGUACUUUACUUGGGAACACCCGUGGUUUUCUGUUGUUGACGAACGUCUUUUCCGCGAUGGUAUGAGCUCUGGCGGGCGAUACUGGAGUCCGCUGCUACAUUUCAGUAUUCUUGCGUUGGGAUCGCGGUUUACAGACCGCGUGGAUGUCCGAUCAGAUCCUAGUGAUCCUAACACAGCAGGCAAACUCUUCCUUGAGCACGCAAAGAACUAUCUUCACAAGGAGAUGGAAACCCCCAGUCUAACUACAAUCCAGGCCCUGGCUAUAUUAGGCAUGUUUUAUAUAGCGACUGGCGCUGACGCCGCGGGCUGGCUCCACCAUGGAAUGGCGAACCGCUUGUGCCUGGACAUGGGCUUGAACCUGGACCCAGCCGGAUUUCAAGAGAUGAAUAUCUUAUCACACCGAGAAAUUCAGCUGCGAAGGCAGAUUUAUUGGUCUUUAUACUUCCAUGAUAAACUGUCUUCUAAUUACACUGGGCGGAUUUGCUCUAUGCUGAACUCGCAAGGAGCUGUCAAAGCCCCAGAGGAUGAAGAAGUCCCGGAUACAGAUAGCUCCGCUCAGAAAGAAUUUAAGCAGCUACGACGAGCAAUAAUUGGCAUUAGCCAAAUACAGGAAAGGAUUAUACUCUCACUAUGGGCCCCAAAGCCCCUAUUGAAAGAGCAUCAGCGGUCUUCUUUCCUCCAUUCUUGCCUGCUUGACCUCAAAUCAUGGUUCUAUGACCUACCUACCGAACUCCGAAUCAAUCGCCCAACCCCAAACACCUAUCCCCAAGCCUACACCCUCCAUAUGGUCUAUCAUACUACAAGAAUCCUCCUCGCUAAGCCAUACAUCACAAGAAAGCAACCCGAAACGGAUCGCGAAGCAGUCAACAUUGCCUUGACGGAAAGCCGUGAAUCAGCCAGGGCAAUCUGCCUCACUGCCCAAAAAUAUCGUCACGUCUUUGGCGGCUUCCAGAAAAGCCCUAUCACGGCCACCCAUUGCACAUUAUCAGCUGCUUUAGUUCUGCUAGCUGAAGUCGAAGCUGAAGCCAAAACAAGCUUAGUCUCACCCGCUAUCGCCUCGCUGAAGAAUAAGCUGAAUCUUUGCCUAACGGUGCUUGAUGAACUGUCCAAUUCGUGGAGUCCGGCAAAAUAUAUUGCGCGCAAUCUUCGUAGACUCUGCCUCUCGGCUACAUCCGACGAAAUGUUCUCUACAGCGACACAACUCAACCCUGUUGACAGAGGUGAUUUCGAUGCUACAAUUCCGCUGGACUUGAAUGCCGAACUGUCUUACGACUCUUAUGAAAUGUCUGAGCACGGAGUACCAGAGCUGAGUCCGAUGAACUCAUUGCCCAGCCAUUUGGAACUGUCUAUGCCCGUGGACUCGUUGCCUGUUGAUUAUGGAUUCUUCGACAUAUUGAACGAUGCUACGUGGGAUCAGAUGUGGUAG